CCCCGCGCCUCCGGAGCCAUGAACUUCCAGGCGGGCGGGGGCCAGAGUCCUCAGCAGCAGCAGAGCCUGGCUGCUCCGGGGGGCGGCGGCGGCGGCGGCGCGGGGGGCGGCGGGCAGUUCGGCGGCGCGGGGCCGGGAGCCGGGGGUGGUGGCCCCUCGCAGCAGCUGGCCGGCGGGCCCCCCCAGCAGUUCGCGCUCUCCAACUCGGCCGCUAUCCGGGCCGAGAUCCAGCGCUUCGAGUCGGUACACCCCAACAUCUACGCCAUCUACGACCUGAUCGAGCGAAUCGAGGAUUUGGCACUGCAGAACCAGAUCCGGGAGCACGUCAUCUCCAUCGAGGAUUCAUUUGUGAACAGCCAGGAGUGGACCCUGAGCCGCUCUGUGCCAGAGCUUAAAGUGGGCAUAGUGGGGAACCUGUCUAGUGGGAAGUCAGCCUUGGUGCACCGAUAUCUGACAGGCACCUACGUCCAGGAAGAGUCCCCUGAAGGGGGUCGGUUUAAAAAGGAGAUUGUGGUGGAUGGCCAGAGUUACCUGCUGCUGAUCCGAGAUGAAGGCGGCCCCCCUGAGCUCCAGUUCGCUGCCUGGGUGGAUGCGGUGGUGUUUGUGUUCAGCCUGGAAGAUGAAAUCAGCUUCCAGACGGUGUACAACUACUUCCUGCGCCUCUGCAGCUUCCGAAAUGCCAGCGAGGUGCCCAUGGUGCUGGUGGGCACACAGGAUGCUAUCAGUGCUGCCAAUCCCCGGGUCAUUGACGACAGCAGAGCCCGCAAGCUGUCCACAGACCUGAAGCGCUGCACCUAUUACGAAACCUGUGCAACCUAUGGGCUCAAUGUGGAGCGAGUCUUCCAGGAUGUGGCCCAGAAAGUGGUAGCCUUGCGGAAGAAGCAGCAGCUGGCUAUCGGGCCCUGCAAGUCCCUGCCCAACUCGCCGAGCCACUCGGCCGUAUCUGCUGCCUCCAUCCCAGCUGUACACAUCAAUCAGGCCACGAAUGGCGGCGGCAGCGCCUUCAGCGACUACUCAUCCUCAGUCCCCUCCACCCCCAGCAUCAGCCAGCGGGAGCUGCGCAUCGAGACCAUCGCUGCCUCCUCCACCCCCACGCCCAUCCGCAAGCAGUCCAAGCGGCGUUCCAACAUCUUCACGUCUCGAAAAGGUGCUGACCUAGACCGGGAGAAGAAGGCUGCUGAGUGCAAAGUAGACAGCAUCGGGAGUGGCCGGGCCAUCCCCAUCAAGCAGGGGAUCCUGCUGAAAAGGAGUGGCAAGUCCUUGAACAAGGAGUGGAAGAAGAAGUAUGUGACGCUCUGUGACAACGGGUUGCUUACGUACCACCCCAGCCUGCACGAUUACAUGCAGAACAUCCACGGCAAGGAGAUUGACCUCCUACGGACAACAGUGAAAGUGCCAGGGAAGCGCCUCCCCCGAGCCACACCUGCUACCGCCCCAGGCACCAGUCCCCGUGCCAAUGGGUUGGCCAUGGAGCGGAGUAACACACAGCUGAGCGGGGCCACAGGUGCCCCCUACUCGGCCAGCAGCACAUCCCUGCAUUCCGAGCGCCCCCACAGCAGCUCAGCAUGGGCUGGCGUGCGCCCAGAGGGGUUGCACCAGCGCUCCUGCUCGGUUUCCAGUGCCGACCAUUGGAGUGAGGCAGCUGCCCUGCCCGCCAGCUUGCAGCACCCUGCCAGUGACCCAGCUGAGGUACUCAGUUCCAGCCCCAAGCUGGAGCCUCCCCCAUCUCCCCACUCCAACCGGAAGAAGCACCGCCGGAAAAAGAGCACCGGGACCCCCCGACCAGACGGCCCCAGCAGUGCUGCUGAAGAGGCAGAGGAGUCCUUUGAGUUUGUAGUAGUAUCCCUCACCGGGCAGACCUGGCACUUCGAGGCCUCAACAGCAGAAGAACGGGAGCUGUGGGUGCAGAGCGUGCAGGCCCAGAUCCUCGCCAGCCUCCAGGGAUGUCGCAGCGCCAAGGACAAGACCCGGCUGGGGAACCAGAACACAGCCCUGGCUGUGCAGGCCGUCCGCACGGUCCGUGGCAACAGCUUCUGUAUUGACUGCGAAGCCCCCAAUCCGGACUGGGCCAGCCUGAACCUGGGCGCCCUGAUGUGCAUCGAGUGCUCAGGGAUUCACCGACACCUGGGGGCCCACCUGUCCCGAGUCCGCUCCUUGGACCUUGAUGACUGGCCACCUGAACUGCUAGCUGUCAUGACUGCGAUGGGCAACGCCUUGGCUAACAGUGUCUGGGAGGGAGCCCUGGAUGGCUACUCGAAGCCAGGCCCCGAAGCCUGUAGAGAGGAGAAAGAACGCUGGAUCCGGGCCAAGUAUGAACAGAAGCUCUUCUUGGCCCCGCUGCCAAGCUCCGACGUGCCACUGGGGCAGCAGUUACUCCGGGCUGUGGUGGAGGACGACCUGCGGAUGCUGGUGAUGCUGCUGGCCCACGGGUCCAAGGAGGAGGUGAACGAGACGUACGGUGAUGGCGACGGGAGGACAGCCCUGCACCUGUCCAGUGCUAUGGCCAACGUGGUCUUUACGCAGCUGCUCAUCUGGUAUGGGGUGGACGUGAGGAGCCGUGAUGCCCGGGGCCUGACCCCACUGGCCUAUGCCCGCCGGGCCGGCAGCCAGGAGUGUGCGGACAUCUUGAUCCAGCAUGGGUGCCCUGGGGAGGGCUGUGGGUUAGCACCCACUCCCAACAGAGAGCCUGCCAAUGGUACCAACCCCUCCGCAGAGCUGCACCGCAGCCCUAGUCUCCUAUGAAGCUCAGGAAGAGGGCAGAGGGACCAGAAGGACUCCGUGGCCUGGAGGAAACGGAUGGAGAAGCAGGGACGUGCAGUGAAGAAAAGGAGGAGAUGACAAGGGUCGGGGAUGGAGGAGAGGUUUGGGAUCUGAGCUGCAGCAGAGCAGGCGUGUGUUGUUCAGCCCUCUGCCCUAUGGUGCCGUUAAGGGACAGAACCCUUCGGAGGUACCUGUGAGGAGAUGGGGGGCAGGACCUCUCCCUCCUCCAGAACCCUGCCUCCUCGUGACAGCUCCCACAGUCCUUCCCUGCAAUGGGUGGGGAAGGACAGGACACAGGAUGGGGGUGCCAGAUGAGAGACAAGGGGCCGGUAUGUGAGUCCCAUGUAAAAUUUGUACAUUGGAAUAUUUAUGUUCGUGUAUAUAUGUGGUGUGUGUGUAUGAUGAGCCAAUAAACCAGGCUGUAUGUGUGGCCUCA